AUGAAAGCAUUCACUUCAACGUUCCGCCAAAGCGGUUCGCGCCUCAUUACUAGCUGUGGCAUGACUUCGCCCCUAUCUCUUAACCCCUCCCCCUUAGCGAAACUACGAACUAUUCCCAAGACCCCCCGCCCAUCUCAGCAAAGACAUACCUCGUGGAUCGCGUGGGAGCAGCCCGACCCUGCGCUCUACAGCCCGCCUCACGUGCCUCUGAGCACUGCGAGCCGGAAAGGAGUCAGCGAUCCUGCUGCCCAAUACCCUUGCAACAUCGUCGAACAGAACACGACCACGACUACGACUACCGAAACAGUCGCCGUCGUCGUCGCGGGAGCAGACAGCCGGGAGAUAUCCCCGUCGGACACCAUCGCCUCCUCGCCCAUCCCAGAGUACACCAGUCCCAGUCCCGUCCCCGUCCCCCAAACCUACCACCAGAAGCGCUCCAUGCAGAUGCACACCGAGAGCCCCGCGCGUCCGCUGCCGCCAACCACCCUCCUCCGCAUCCUCGGCGAAACCGCGACCUGGCCGAGCGACAAGCCCGAGCUCCCGCACCAGCCGCGAGUGCGCAAGUCCUUCGCUUGCGCGCGGGAGAGCAGCGAGUCGCGACGCGGCGAAGCCGCGCAGCGCCGUCUCCGGACUCGGGACGUCCAGGAGCGUCGGGGCGCUAGCGAGAAAUCGGACUACCUAAGGUAA